AUGGGCUCACCAACAAGCAACAAAGGGGCUGCCGCCUCUGUUGGUACUGAUCUUGCGGCAGUGCUUCCCGAUGAUACACGACCCUGGUGGCGCGUCCCCCAUCUUCUCAAGCUCAACCUUCUUCUUCUCAUCCCCCUAAUCUCCUCUGGCGCUAUCGGCUACGAUGGCUCCAUGAUGAACGGCCUUCAGACACUCCCCCAAUGGAGAGGCUACUUUGGCAACCCCGAAGGUGCCAUGCUGGGCGCCCUCAACUCCGUCUACCCCGCCGGUAAAGUCAUUGCGCUCUUCUUGGUUACAUAUGUAUGCGAUCGUUUUGGGAGAAAGCGGGCCAUGAUGGUUGGAUCCGUUGCUUGUGUCGCGUUUGCCAUCAUGCAAGCGGUGUCACAAAACCUCGAAACAUUCAUUGCCGCAAGAGCGAUCCUCGGGUUCUUUACCAGCUUCUUGGCCCAACCGAGUCCGAUUCUCAUCACCGAACUUGCCUAUCCGACACACCGAGGCAAACUCACUGCGUUGUACAACACAUCCUUCUACCUUGGUGGUAUAAUCGCUGCGUGGUGCACGUUCGGAACGUUCAAACUCGACACAACAUGGAGCUGGAGAAUCCCCUCUCUUGUGCAGGGAGCCCUCCCCGCGCUACAGCUCAUCGGCGUUUACUUCCUACCAGAGUCUCCUCGAUGGCUUGUCGCCAAUGGCCGCAGGGAGGAGGCUCGUAAGAUCCUGGCUACAUACCAUGCUGGUGGGGAUGCGGAUGCUCCCCUUGUCAAGUUUGAGAUGGCCGAGAUUGAGGGGGCUGUGACGCACGAAGCUGAUGCCAUGUCACAAAACUCUUGGCUCGAGCUCCUGCGCACUCCCGCCAACAGAAAGAGAACUCUUAUCGCGGUCAUUGUUGGAUGGUUUGCUCAGUGGAAUGGUGUCAACCUCAUCAGCUACUAUCUAGUCCUUGUCCUCAACACGAUCGGCAUCACCAAAGCGAGAGACCAGACUCUGAUCAACGGCCUUCUGCAGAUCUCCAACUGGCUUGCGGCGAUCUUUGUUGGUGCUAUGCUGGUGGACAGACUUGGACGUCGUACAUUGUUCUUGCUUUCGACCUGUGGCAUGUUUACGUCCUACGUCAUCUGGACUGGCCUCAGCGCUUCUUUCGACAGCAGUCGGAGUCCGUCUACUGGCAAGGCGAUCGUCGCAUUCGUGUUUAUCACCUUCUUCUUCUACGCUAUUGCAUGGGCACCACUUCUUCAGGCAUAUACAGUUGAGAUCUUCCCAUACACAUUGCGUGGUCGAGGCGUUUCUAUUAUGUACAUCAGUACCUUUGUCGGUUUGGUGCUCGGAAACCAGGUCAACCCCAUUGCCAUGAAGAGCAUUGGCUGGAAGUACUACAUUGUCUUCUGCUGUAUUCUGUUUUGUCUUAUUCUGGUUAUUUGGUUCCUGUUUCCCGAGACCAAAGGCCACAGCCUUGAGGAGAUACGGGCUCUUUUCGAGGGCGAGUCGCACGGUGCGAUGCAAGCUGGGAAGCUUGAGGACAUUGAGAGCGCACAUAAUGACAAAGAGGGGAGAAAGGACAAGAAGGUAGACUUGGUUGAGGUUGCCUAG